AACAAUAGUUUGACAAUGACUCCGUUAAACAGGGAAGUGAUGGUAUGGGGGGGGUCAGACUGCCGGCACUGUGCACCAGGCUCUUGGUUAUCCAGUCGGACCGCUUUGGCCGGCGGGACCCGGCCGGUUAUAGUUGCUGCCCGUGUAAUGGCUCCGCCGCCGGCGCCGGUGUUGCGGCUUCUCUGCGUUCACGGUUACCGACAGAACGAGAGGGCUUUCCGGGAGCGGACCGGCGCCCUGCGGAAAGCGCUCAGGAAACGCGCCGAGCUGCUGUACGUGUCGUCGCCGCUCAGGGUGCCCCCUCCACGGGAGGCCCCGGCUCUGCCUCCGCCUCCCGCCACCGCCGCCGCCGGGGACGGGACUCGAGCAGGGGAAGCUGAGGAAGAUGCCUGUGGCUGGUGGUUCUCGAACCCAGAUGAGGACAGUUUCAACGCCCUGGAUCACGUGGCAACCUCCAAAGGACUUGAAGAAUCAUUGGAGACCAUCUCCAAAGCCAUGGUUGAGUUGGGCCCAUUUGAUGGUAUCUUGGGCUUCAGCCAAGGAGCAGCUCUCGUGUCUAUGAUCUGUGCUCUCAAGCAGCAGGGAGAUCCCAGAUUCCAGUUUGAUUUUGCAAUCCUUGUUGCAGGCUUUCGGAGCAGGAGCAAGCUCCACAGCCAUUUCUACCAGGAGCCCAUUGCUGUUCCAUCUUUGCAUGUAUUUGGUGAGACAGACCAGGUCAUCCCUGGAGAAAUGAGCCAGGAGCUGUCCACGUCUUUUGUGGAUCCUGUGGUUCUCACUCACCCGGGAGGACAUUUUGUUCCCAUCUCUGCACCUCAGAAGCCAGUUUACUUGGAGUUCCUGGAAAGGUUUCAGAAGAAAUAACUCAAGCCACAAAUAGGCUGUACCAGUAAAACAUUUAUACUGGAGUUUAGAAUGAUUACAGCACAAAAGGAGGCCAUUUGGCCUGUUGGGUCCAUGCCUGUUUUCCGCAAGAUUAACUCAGCUUGUCCCGUUUCCCGCCCCCACCCCCACCUUCCAUUACAUUUUCCCAUAGCUCUGUAAAUGUUUUCUUUCUGGAUAAUUAUCCAAUAAAAUAAUUUUUUGAAAGCCA